UUCCCCUCUACAAAUUUAGUUCUCUGAUAUUUUUCUGCAAUCCAACGUGGGUGCUUCAAGCAUGCAAGGUCCUUCAAACAGUGUAAUCGUUCCAUGGAUUAAUAGUUGUGAAUUUGAGGCAGUGUACCAUGGGUUAUUUGGUGGAUGUACCUCUGCACAAAAACAAGCCUUAGCAAGAAUCAAUGUUUGGAAAAGCAGAUGUAUUCUGCCUGUUGCUGUAGAGAGUACAGAUGCACUAAUUAAAGUUUAUAUAAAUGAACAUGAAGGGAAGAAAUCUGGUCAGAAUAUGGAAGAUUCUAUUAGAAAUGCAUACAGCUUAGCCAUUAUUAGGUUUGUGAAUCAUAUAACAGAAAGAAGCCAAGUGAAGCAGUAUAUGCAGGCUGUUCACAGACUUGCAGGAGAGUUGGGAGUUCCAGAAUGGAUAGUGAACUUAAGACAUGAUGCUACACAUGGUCGUCUGCCAUCAUUAGAUUUACUGAAGACAGCUGCUGACUGGUGUAUUCAAUGGUUAAAGGAUGAAUAUUGGGAAAAACAGUUGGAGGGUAUGGCUUAUCAACAAGACCAUCCAAUGAAAGAUACAAAAGACAGCAAAGUUAAAGAUAAUAUCACAGAGAUGCUUAAUAGUUUUAAAAUUAAGAAGACGCUUACAUCAAAGAAAAGGGGAAGUAAGACAACACAGAUAUUGAAGAACAUAGAAGUAGAAUUAUUACGCAAUAGGGAGAAAGCUGUAACAUCAAUGUCAAAAAUAAUUGAAGGUCAAGUUAAAAAGAAUGUUGACGCAGAAGACACUUUAUCAUUCUGGCACCCAGUUCUUAAGAUUUAUCACCAGUAUGGUUUGACACUAUCCAUGCUGAAGUGUUUACCUGUUACAGAUGGUUGCCAUGGAAUUAUUUCAUCAUUUCUUUACCAGCUGGCUGAUACCGGAUGUUCAAACAAAAUAGUGGAGUACUUUGAUUGUGUAUUGAAUAGUGUGGACCAAUACAGUGUACUGUGUCUGUAA